UAAAGUAGAUGAUGGCUAGAGAAGAGGAUGGUUGUGGUAGGUGGAUGAAUGUGUGUGCAGGAUAGUUGUGCGCGCGGUGGCUGAUGGAUGUUAUUGUUUGAGCAUGUUGUACGAUGUGGAGAGGUGCUGGUUUGGAAGCUGUGUGAACAUGUGUUGACAUCUGUCAAAAUCUUGACGUUUUCAUGAUGAACUGUCAAUGUGGUUCAUGUAUGAUAAUGUGGAGUGCGUUUUAUGCGAGAUGGUGACCAGCGACGUAUGACUGUAUUCAAAACAUGACCUCGGUGCAUGUGGCCGCCAAAACGAUGGCUGCCGCAGACGAAUGGGAUUCCGAUGGAUCUCUCAGCUGGGAAGACUUCUUCGGUACCUCGACGGAUCUGGUUCCGACCUUACUCGGCAUGUACGACGCUCUGAUCGGGCGCUCAUCGCCGCAAGCGACUGAGCACUCCAUGGAGGAGGCGCGGAUCGGCGUCGUGACAUCAGGGGUGUCCCGUCCCCUCUCCAUCAGCUCCAUCGCCUCCUCGUCUUCAUCUUCUUCUGGCACCAGCAGUUGUUCCGGCGCUGGAGGACGCCGACUGGGUGCCGCCCCCAAGUCGUCAGCGUAUCUGGCGUCCAUCGAGUCUUUGGAGGACGACAGCGACGAUCCAGAGAACGGGGGUGGUGGAGGUGGCGGUGGAGGCGCCAAACAACGCUUACAUCAUCAGAAACCCAUUGGUAGCCGUGCGGAAAGGCUUAAGGGUGGCAGUGGUGGAUCUCAAGGGUCCGGUGACAGCGGCGUGUGUAGCCCCUGCAGCUACAUCAGUUCCCCGUGUCCCCCGCCAGGUCGGCCCCGCUACUGCGACCCUCAUCUCAACUACAUGGACCGUGUCGUCAUGGAGAUUGUGGAGACAGAGGGAGUAUACGUAAGAGAUCUCCAGCAAGUGAUCGAGGGCUAUUUGGACAUUUGGCGGGCAGCUCCAAGCUGUCCACUCUCUAAUAAGCAGCUUGCUGAUUUAUUCAACAACAUUGAGGACAUCUACAAGUUCAACAGUGGGUUCCUCAGUGAGCUGGAGAAAUGUGGACUGGAUCCAGUUCUUGUGGCACAGUCCUUUGUAAGGAACAACAUGGGGUUUUCUAUAUACACACAAUACUGCACUAAUUAUCCAAGGACUGUGUCAGUCCUCACAGAGCUCAUGAGGCAGGAGGCAACAGUUCGGCUGUUUCGGGAGAGACAGGCAGCUUUGCAGCAUACACUGCCACUGGGAUCAUACCUUCUGAAACCUGUGCAGAGGAUCCUGAAAUACCAUCUCUUGCUUCAGAAUAUAGUGAAGCACUAUGUUUAUGAAGCGGAGGGAUAUAAGGACAUUGUGGAUGCUCUGUCAGCUAUGACAGGCAUUGCCCAUCACAUCAACAACAUGAAGAGAAGACAUGAGCACGCAGUCCGUGUGCAGGAGAUUCAGAGUCUUCUCUAUGGAUGGGAAGGUGAGGACCUAACCACAUUUGGAGAGCUGUGUGCAGAGGGAGCAUUCCGUGUAUAUGGAGCUAAAGCUCUGCGGCAUGCCUUUCUGUUUGACCGUAUGCUGCUCAUCACCAAGAAGAAGGAGGAGGGGAUUCUCGGCUACAAAACUCACAUCAUGUGCUCAAAUCUGAUGCUGAUAGAGAGUGUUCCUGGAGAGCCAUUGAGUUUCCAUGUCAUCCCAUUUGAUAACCCAAGACUCCAGUACACACUACAGGCACGCAACCUGGAACAAAAGCGGGAAUGGACCUUGCAGUUGAAGCGAGUGAUCCUGGAGAAUUACAAUGCAGUGAUCCCAUCACAUGCUCGGCAACUUGUUAUGGAGCUGGGACAGAAUCGUACAGAUGAUGAGAUUCUGGCUGACAAGGCAACCCCAAAACGCCAGCAUUCUGCACCGGAGUACCUGGAGAAGAGAAAGCAAGAAAGAGACAGGCGAAAGUCAGAGACAGGGCUGAGAUACCGCCUUCGUCGCAGCAGAAAGUCUGAUGUGGGUUCUUCAGGUGGUGGCACAGAGCAAACUUCACCUUUACUGCAAAGACGUGGUCGUAGAGCUUCCAGUAGUAGCCGUGAUCACAGUGAAAGCCGAGAAGAGUCCAAUCGUUCCACUUCUCCCCAUGCAAAAAUGAAGGAUCGAUUUGGCAGUUGGCGUCGCAAAUCUGAACCAGGGUGCUAUUCAGCAGGAGUCUCCAACAGUAAGAAGUCUCCAAAACUUGCUGUUGCACCUGUUACAGAUAACCAGGAGGUGCCUUCAGAAGUUCAAAACGACUUGCAUGAGGACAUUAGAUCAAGGGAAAGGAGAGUUAGUUUGUGUAUUGAAAGUAGUUCUGCUGAUUUGUGUGAAAAUAUAUGUGGAGGGACUGCUGAUGAUAGUAUUGAUAGUGAGUAUGAUGGGAAAUUAGGGACUCAUAGUGCAAUUAUGUGUGAAGAAGGUGGUGAUGGGAGGAAGGAGAGCAACGAGGAACAAGCAAAAACACUGGAGGAAAUUGUAAGCCAGCUGCUAAUGCAAAACCAUGAGUUCCAGAAAAUUUUAAAGAAACAGCAGCGCCAUGUUAACUUGAGGCAUCGUCUAACCAAUUUUGUUAAUGGUACUUCUGCUGGUUGUGGGAUGCAGGAUGAGACAACAGAUACUGAAAAUGAUGAUGAAGAUGGAGUAUAUGAGACAUUGAGUAUAACUGCUUCAGCUUCUGUGGCUUCUAGACCGGGGGCUACAUCAGGACAGAGCUACCGGGCUCACAGACAAGCCCACAUGAGAGCACUGCGCAAUGAGCAGAAGUCUAUUACAUCUAAAAGCCAUCACUGUGAAUCCCCUUUGCUAGAAUCUGAGUAUGUGACUUUAAUGUGCCAUAGAGAAGAUGAAAAUAUAGACAGAUCUCAAUGUUUAUCUAAUACUAAGUUUAAUAAAAAGGUCGAUGCAAGUAUGGAAGCUGUUGAUCCUCUUCGAGGAUGUUCUGUGAGUGUUUAUACAAGCAGUGCUACAGAUGUGGCCAAUAAACGAGAGUGGCUGCAUAGUCAUUCAGCUCCAAUUGAUGAGAAGAGUGACAGGGAAGGGAGAAGGUGUACUUUUGAAUGGGAUAAGGAUAGAAAUGGUUUUGGAAACUAUGACAAUCUGCAGCAUAUCUGGGAAAGUGUGCGUAGACAACAGGAGGAGAUUAGAUGUUUGGCAGAGAGAGAGGAAAGGGGAGAGGGAGGGGAUGGUGAAGAUAUAUUGCUGAACCUUCGUCGUACUCGAUCUUUCUCGUGCCAGGGAGGAGAUGAUGAUACCCGACAGCAACAGCAGUGCCUCCCAUCCUCCAUGUCUCAAGCAUCUCUGGAUGCCACGAACAUCCCCACUCUGCCAGCUGUAUGGCUGAAGCAACAAGGUGAACAUUUAGCUACUCCUAAUAAGAAAUCAGGAUCUCUGCCACGUAGUUUUCAGCUAGGCCAUGACAUUCACACUCCUCCACAUGAAGGAAGUUCCAAGGGAGGAUCAUUUAGAUCUCGCUUACUAACCCGUGAUGGACGUUUAUGUCCUGACAGGCCUUUCACAAUAGCAUCAGACAAGCCACCAGAGAUUAAUUUUGAAGAUAUUGAACGUUACAUAGAAGAGAGUAAUACACGUCAUGUUAGGCAUAGAUUCCCUCUGAAUGCAGGAGAUACUACUGAAGAUGACAGUAUGACAGACUAUACAGCAACUCCAAAUACAAGUCUUAAUGAAUUGAAUGUCCAUCCUGAAUAUAAGAUCUACAGACCAAGUGUUUCAAAAGCUUCUCUAAAACAUGUGAUCUCAAGUGUUAGCAACAAGCUUGCUGGGAUGAGAAUGAGUUCUGAGACUCUUGAGUCAAAUGAUGGUGAGGUGGAACAUGAACGGCUGUUGCAGAAAGAGCGACGUGCAAGUAAGCUUGUAUAUGCCUUGGCAAGGCAGUAUAGCAAGACCUUAAAACAGCGAAUACGCAACAUCAUGGGUGAGGAUUCUACAGAGGAAUAUUAUGAUGUAGUUCAACAUCAAACUCCAUCACCCGUGCAGACUUGUGCUCCAGUGUUGCCCAUCUACAAGCAAGGAAGCUCAAGUCUUGGAGCUCGCAUUGCCCAUUGCUCCUCAGAAUAUGCAGACCCACGACAACUCUACCCAAACAUUCCACCACCCCCUGAAGCAAUGCGCAAAACAUCAGAUAUGCGGCCUGAUUCUGUACUUUCAGUUUCAUCCCACUUUACAGCAUCUUCUAGUGAAGGAGAGAAGACCUCUGGUUUAGGUGGAAGUUUAGAUACAACUCAUCCAUCCUCUGUUUCCACCAGUACUAUAGCACCUUGUAACAGUUCUCAUGAAUCUGUGCAGGGGAGGGCUGAUGAUGUUAAUCUAAGUGAUGGCUCUGCAGAUAGCUAUUAUGAGCGUUCCUUUGAAGCAAUAGAGUCAUUUCUAGAAAAUGAAAUGUUUAGAGAUUCUGCGGUGUUCAGUGAUCAUGAAGAACUUACAGAUUCUUCUCAAACCUAUAAAGACUGCAACAUUUUUUGUGGAAAUGAUGACAGUGUCCCACCUCUUAGGUCAACUAAGAACUAUAAAAUUCCACCACCUGUCCCUGUAAAACCAGAUGUUUUGAAGAACAAGCCCACAUCCCACAUGCCAGGAUCUAAACCAGGGAUUUUUGAAAAGGUGAAGAGUUUGGAAGAGAAUUGUAGGUAUCAGAAAGAAGGCAAUCUUGUGCGUAGUCUUGAGGGUAUUAGUAAAUCAAUCCUGGAUCGUCGCCGUGAGCUGGAGCUGUGGAAGGCAAAUGGUAACUCCUUAUCCAGGGAUGAUGAGUGUGACACAAGUUCCCAACAUUCCACUGCCUCUACUGUCAUAGAAGUCAGCCCCUGUAAGGAAUCCAAGGAUUUCUCUGAGGAAUCGGAAGAAAGUGGCACUCCAAGGGGAUGGGUGAAACAUGUAAUAGGCAAGCUACAAGGGAGUCCCACUGAUGGACUACAGCAGAGAGAUCAGUGUUAGUAAAGACUCCUGACUGAAUGGUAGUCAUAAGAUUGUAGAUUUUAAACUGUACGUAUAUAUAUUAUUUUACAGAAUCUAGUAUAUGACUCGGUUUCUAAAACUGAUGAUAAUUUGAACCUAUUUUGUUGAUUCAAAUUAUUGUUUGUCUAUGAUGUAUUAUAGGUUAUGAUUAUGUUGCAACUUUCUUAUUUGUUUAUUUAUACAUUCAGUUUUUUUAAAAAAAAGGAUAACAGUACUGUCUUCAUUGGCAACUAUUAGUUUAUAUCAAGUUUGACAAAAGCACAAAAUAGGGACAGGAGCAAAAAAAUAUAAGUUUAACCAAGGUACGUUUUAACUUGAGACUAGAAGAGAUUGACAUGGUAUCACAUGAAUCUUUCAUUCUCAUGAAUGAUAGUUUCUUUGCAUACAUUGAGAACUGAAAGUAUGUGACAAUAACUGAACAUAACUUCCAACCACUGAUAUGGAAGAA